GAAAAUGCUAUUUUAUAUGAAACAAACGUUUCUCAUCGCAUUGCGAUAGCUCAAUGGUCAUUUUCAAUUUAUUUUCACAAAAGGAAGAGAUGAAAGUAAUGUUUAAAAGCAAAUUCUUUAUCCGAUAUCAAAGUUACAGCAACAUGCCUCCUGGACUGUCACGCCAUGAGCUAACCUCCUCAAUCCCACCGGCAUCACAUUUGAAAGAUUGUUUACCUUUUUUCAAGCAAGCCAACCGGACCAAUUUAACCGAAAUAUUGCGAAAACAAUGGACGAACUGUCUGCAGACAAAUUAUCGGCUCCAUCGACAGAAAAUACGGGUCUUUUGGGUUGGGAAUACAAGCUGCGGGCAACCGUCGCGUUGGAUGAAGGAAACACGCGGAAUGCAAUAUUGUAUCAAACCAAAUCGCUCGGCGCAUCGAAACAGCAAAAAUACUCACAAGCAUCACGACAGUGCGGUGAUUUAGAGGAUUUGAUCCGCAAGGUAAUCAAAGGAGGUGCAAACAAAGGGCAGCCACCAUCCACUACCCCUAUCGAUUAUGAUGAUCUUUGCAAACGGUGCAACGAGCUGCCAAACGAAUGGACGGUCAUACAAAUUGCGAAGGAAUACACACCGCUCGCGACGACCAUGGUGCACGAGGAACUGUUGCGCGAAUCAACUCCGAUAUGGUUGACCGUUUUCCGGUGUAGCGAUCCGUGCGAAGGCGCACCAUUCGAACCCAUCCUCAUCCCGCUGGAUGCACCGGCCAGCCGACCAGGCGCCAAGUAUCCCAACUACUUCGAACACAUCACAUCGAUUCCGGCCGAGGUACGGAAUGGAAUCGUUAGCACGAACGAAUCGGCAGCAGCAAGCGAAACCCUUGCCGACCGGCUGGAAGCAGUGGAGCAGCAGAUAAGCUCGGCGGUGCAGCGAACGAUCGAGUGGUUGGGACCGUGGGCGAACCUUUUCGUUGGCAAGUUUCGCUCACCGAAGGAUCAGAAGCUGGAAAGCGAAAUUUACAACGCAAUCGAAGAGUUUUGCGUGCACAAUCGGAUCAGCCGAAGUGGUCAGCGGCUCGUUUCGCUCGUGGCGCGCCGGCUCGAUUUGCUCGACGAGUAUCAGCUGUUCGAGCUGUGCGCCUGCGAGCAGCUGGAUCUGGAAGACGCCAAGGUGGACGCACUGUACACGCUGCUGGUCAGCUUGAAGCGGACCAAGUUCCGGGAAGCGAAGGAUGAGCGGCUCAACUGCUAUCCGGUGGUGCUUAUCGUCGACGAACUGCUGGAUGUUAUGCCGUGGGAAAUGGUCCAUCCGACUGCCGAGGUUUGUCGGUUUGCCAGCUUGUCGACGCUAAGCGAGCUGUAUCGGGCGCACGCGAAGCGGAUUAGGAACGGAUACUUUACGCUGGCGGCAAAGAAGUGCUUCACGAUCAUCAACCCAGAUAAAAACCUCGAUAAGAUGAGUGCACGGUUGCAAAUGUACUACAAAGAAUGGUAUCCCGAUUUCGAGCUGCUUAUCGACCAACCGCCAAAGGAAAGCGAAUUCGGCGAUGUUUUAAACACUUCGGACGUUCUCAUCUACAACGGCCACGGCAGUGGAUUACAGUUUAUGAACGGCGAAACAAUGCUGCAGCGCGAUAUUAAUUGCGUGACGUUUCUGUUCGGCUGCGAUUCGGUGCGGCUUUACUCGAACGGACUGUUCACCGAGAUGACCGGCACGCACAUGUACUACAAUGCCGCCCACUGCCCGACGGUGAUCGGUGCGCUCUGGGUGCUGACCGAUCUGUUCACCGACAUCUACUCGAUGCUGCUCGUUGGCAAUUGGAUUCCUUCGACGAAUCCGGCCUACGCCAAACAAAACAUUGCCUCCCUCGAUACGGUCGCUUUUAAGGCGGGCAAGUGGCAAUUCAACAAACAAUCGUCCAGUGCGAAACUGUCCGUUAGGAAGCAUUCGAAUCUAUUGCGACUGAUGGGCGACUGUCGGCUGUUUUACCAGCUGCCCCAGCGAAUCCGGUGCGCGCUGGUAUGCCGCGGUCUGCCCGCCAUUAAUGAGGCAUGUAUUUGAGCCACUUGGGGGGAUGUGCGUAAAGGAGUAAAUUCUCUAUUUUUAAGCAAACACAACACACCGCGUAAGCAAAGUUGUUUCAGCUGACCAGCACCACGGCAAACAACACACGGGCACCCAUCUUUUU